AUGGAAAUUGGCCCGGAUGGAAAACCGUGUCGAGCAUGUGUCAGUGUGGAAGAAAUGAUGAAGAAGGGCAGAGAAAUGGCUGAAAAACUGAAAAAGAAAGGUAUGGAAUGCCGUUCCACAAUAAAGAAACUUUGCGAUGUAUAGAAGCCGGAGAACCGUCGAAGGACAAAACAUCUGCUCCGAGCACAAGUACGGGAGCGAAAGUGUACGGGUGUCCUGUGGAUAAAGACGAGCUAGGUAAACAUUAUCUUGUUAUUGAGUCGAAUUUUGACGUGUUCAGGUCGAUCCACGUGGAAUUUACUUCAUACAAUGUCGGUUUACUACCCGGAAAAGCCGACGGAAGAGGACAAGUCACGGGCAAAAACGUUCAUGACUUUACUCGGUCAGGUUGGCGAGAAUGGAAUGCAUUCAAUAUUUUUCUCCAUUUCUAGACAUAUCCGUGUGAUUUCUGUGCAAAGGAUCUACGGAAGGAUUUGAAAGAGGAGCCUCCGAAGGUAGAAAGUCGGCGGGAAUUCGCUCUUUGGAUGUGCCAGUUGCACAAUAAAGUGAACAAAAAGACCGGGAAAGAGCAGUUUGAUUGCAAGAAUGUGAUGGAACGGUGGAGGGAUGGAUGGAAGGACGGAUCCUGUGAUUAUUAG